CCUUCUCCAUGGUCUACGGCUCCUCCUUUUAGAUGACGUUCGUGUCAGGGAUGAUCUUGUCGAAGCACCUGCCUCGACAACAAUUCGGUUACGUACAGAGCCAAAUGUUCCCAGUAUAUCUCAGAAUCGUGGCAGUGGGACAGAUCGUACUGUUUUAUCUCCAUUCCGUCAUGCAACCCUGGUUCUGGGCUGGCAAAAUUGAGCUUAUGAUGUUAGAGCAGCUGCAAGCGGACAAAGAAGACGGACGAGCUACGGACAUCACAUUGUCGUCUAUGGAAGCGAAGCAGUUGGAGGAUUCCAAGAAGAAGCUCAUCUGGAUCAACAAUCGGUUGAAGACCUUGCAUGGCUACUCGUCAGCGCUUAACUUGAUCAGUUUGAGCGGUUUAACCUGCCAUUUGUGGCAUCUGGCGCACCGUCUUGUAGUGUAGAUUUCAUGCUACUGGUUUUGUUAACGAUAAAAGAGCCUAAAUGCCUCAUUCGAAUGGGUUUUCUCGACUUGA